AUGUCCCAUUUGAAGAAGAAAACUCCGAUUGUUUUCGUUCUGAGUGCCCUUUUCGUGAUUCUCUUGGUGCAAGCUUUUGGUGGCGAUGUACCAGCGGAAAAAUUCCGAGUUAGGGAGAGAGUCGUGAAGAGUCGAGGCUUGGAAGCUUUUUACGCUGACUUGAGAGAUAUGGGUUACGCGAGGGGAGAUAAAGGUGCGGUUCUUUUUCGUGAAACCGUGAUUGAGCCUCCAUGUAUACCGUCCUUCCUGAGAAUUUAUGUCGCAUCCGCGCCUCGGAACGUGGAGCGCCGGAAGGCGAUUCGCGAAACCUGGGCCGUGUGGAUUCAAAACGUCACGGUGACUUUCGUGAUCGGCAAAAGUGAUUCGGAUUUUGAUAUUGCUCGAGAGGCCGCUAAAUUCGGAGAUAUCCUUCAGGGGAACUUCAAUGACUCUUAUGAUAAUCUGGUGUUCAAGUCCGUCCUCAUGCUCUCGCAUUUCACGAGUCGGUGCUCCGCUCCCUAUCUCCUGAAAACGGACGACGACAUCUUCGUGAAUGUUCCUGAGCUUGUUCAAUUCCUCAUUCAUGGUCGGCCUCAAGGAAUCGUGGGCUGUGAUAAGAGUCGAGAGACGAAACCGAUAGCAUCUUCAUUGGCUUCCCUACAAGCAGUGAAGACGUUCCGUAAGAUCAAACCAAUACGCUUCGUCGCCGGAGCUGGCUACCUGAUCGAAAAAAAUUCUGCAUACCUGCUGAAGUCAGGAUGUUCGCUGGCAACACCCAUACCGGUCGAAGACAUGUUCAUAACGUCAAGAUGCGCGAAAAAAGCCAGAGUGAAGACUGCACAUCAUGGGGGCUUCAGCUGCGGUCGUAGACUCCAGCGACCGUGUGAAAUGAGCCACGCAUUCACAGGACACCAUGUCAGUCCUUCCCGCCGCCGAGAUAUUCGCGGGUGGUGGCCCCGAGCCGGCCUGCUCGCGACUGAGUUUCGAGAAUUUUUCAAACACCUAGCCGGACCUUCCACGAACAAACUCACAUGA